AUGGUGCGUUUCUUCGUCAUCAUCAUCAUCGUUAUCCUCUUUUUGUCAACUCUGGCAGCGGCGGGGUUCCCUUACAACGCUUUGGAGCGCGUCCACAAGGUCUCCAAAGAGUUUGAGUCCUCUGGCAUUGGACCAGGUGAGUCGGUGCAGGGGCGAGUGCGGGUGGUGGAAUUGGACCCACGUUCCGCCGCGCUGCAGUCCGGCCUCUUCAGGAGGGGCCUGGCCUCCAGGAGAGCCCCCUCGCUCGGCUCCAGGCUGCCCUUCCCGGCGUUCCUCUCUCAGGGGCGACCCGGUGCGGGCUCCAAGGCCCCCGUGAGCGCGCUGCACCGCCUGCAAGCUGGGAGACCCGCCGAGGCCGACCUGAAGAAGAGACCGGGCCUGCGCACGUGGCAGAGAGCCAUCCAGAAGGGAAACAAGAUGGCCGUGUCUCUGCCAGCCACCUUGAAGGACGCCAAACAGACGUGCACGGUCGUUCCUUUCAUUCAGCGUGUGACAGCCGAGGGUUGCCCCAGCGUGACCGUGCACAACAAGCUGUGUUUCGGCCAGUGCAGCUCCCUCUUCGUCCCCUCGGAGACGACGGACCUGGCCGGAAGGGGCUCCCACCAGCGGACGCCCUGCUCCCGAUGCGCCCCGUCCAAGGCUCACACUGUGACCAUCCCCCUGCAGUGUGGCGGGGAGGUCCGAGAGAGGCGGGUGAUGCUGGUGGACGAGUGCAAGUGUGAGACGGGCCGUGAGGAGACUGCUGCUUUGCCACACAUGUAACCGCUUUUGUUGUUGUCUUUGUCGUAUGAGAAUUGAGACGGUAGUAUUUAUCCUCAUUCUCAUCGUGAUGUCAUGUCCAUUAUAUGGAUACACCUAUUUGUGUCAUGCAUUACCGGGGUUUGAUUCGAUAAGUUGCUUAAUCAAUGGCUCCAAAUGGGAAUAGUUAUUGAAAUAACAAACAUUGAGAGCCUUUUUGGUCAAUACAGUAGGAAGGGGAUUCAUAUGGCCCCUUUCAUUGCAGUUUACUUGACACAUGAAACGUGACAAAUUGGGGGGGUGCACUAUCCACUUUUGCCGUCAGAUGACAGUAAACUGUUGAAUAUCUUAAAAUGUGUUUUGUGGCAAUUCCUACUUUGACCGCAGCGUCAGUUGCUAUGUAGAGUGCCGCUUUCCAUCAUUUCAGCAGACUGCAUGGCAAAAAUUAAUAAUCCCACCCCUCUUCCUGUAACGCGAAAUCCACCCAGCAAUGGGGCCAUAUGAAUCCCUUCCCUACUGUAGUGGUUGUGGCCCUCAACAACCACAUAUAGCAGGGGUGUCCAAUCUAACAUCAUUAAAAAAACAAAAACUGAUAAAAUUGAGCAAAAAAAAAAUUAAAAAAAUCAAGCCAAUACCAAUACAGAUAACUUCCGGCUUCUCAAAAUCGAUACCAAUGAGCAAUAAAAAAAAAUGUUUUCAAGCCAAUAACGAUACAGAUCACUUCCGGCGUGUCAAAAUCGAUACCAAUGAGCAAUAAAAAAAAAUAGUUUUCCAGCCAAUAACGAUACAGAUAACUUACGGCUUCUCAAAAAUGAUACCAAUAACCAAUUAACUUGUUUUUAUUAUAAUUUUUUUUUUAAGUACAUUUUAAUUCUUUUGCGGCAAGCGUCUUCCUACACUUUCAAAACACUGUCCUUUCAUUGAUGUGUUGACGCGCGACGUUAUUUUUCCUCCUCGCCGAUGUAUUUGUAGAACACUAGCAGGCGAAAUAUCUUCCUCUGAAACAUAAAGAAGUUCAAAAACGAUCGACGUUAUGUUUGUUUACACUGAGCUCGGGUAAGUUUAUGACACAAGUAGGAGAAAAGAAGCGCUUGAUUUGCUCAUCCAACACUCGCCUUAUUGGAGCUAUUUUUUUUAAUAGUCAGUUGUAUUGUAGUCUGUGCACACCUUUCUAUGUGGCUGGCUUUAGGACCGGUUUGUUUUUGUACCAGGCAUCUUUAGGCCUUCAAAAAUACACAGUCUGGCUGAUAAGGUUUGAUGUGUUAAAGCGCAAUGUUUUUUUUCUUCCUUGCGGAAUAUAUAUGUGGAACAUUCAGUGCAAACAACACCAAAAUAUCUUCUUCUGAAACAGUACAGUAAAGAAGUUCCAAAAGCUCAACGCCAUGUUUGUUUACACUGAGCUCAGGCCUACGUUUACAACACAAUAAGGAGAAAGGGAGCACUUGAUUUGCUCACCCUGACACACCUGCAGCACAAUAUGGUUAAUCUCGCCUCAUUGAAGCUAUUCUUAUUAUAUACCUAGUUCUUCCUAGGCUUUCAAAAGGAUGCUGUCGUUUUAUAUGGCUGGUAACGUUUGAUGGGUUAUGUCAUGUUAUGUUCUUUUCAUUUAUUAAGUGGCCCAAUCAACGUUUGAAGCAUAAUGGGUUUUUUUUGUCCUCGCGGAAAUUAUUUGUAGAAUAAACGUCUCUGUCUGAAAAAGUGAAGAAGUCCCGAACAAUCAAGGCCAUGUUUGUUUACACUGAGUUCAGAGGAAGUUAACAACGCGAGGAGGAGAAAAGGAGCAGUUGAUUUGCUCAUCCUAUACGGGUAAUCUUGCUCUUUGGCAUGGUAUCUGUAAUUAUUCAAUAUUUAAUUUAUAACACAUGUUUUCUUUUGUCUUUAAAAUACAGUAUGGGCCAAAAGUUUGGACACACUUUCUCCUCAUCCAAUGUGGUUUCUUUAUUUUCAUGACUAUUUUCAUUGUAGAUUAUCACUGAAGGCAUCAAACCUAUGAAUGAAAACAUGUGAAGUUAUAUACUUCAGAAAAAAAGAUUAAAUAACUGAAAACUUGUUUUAUAUCCUCGUUUCUUCAAACUAGCCACCCUAUGCUCUGAUUACUGCUUUGCACACUCUUGGCAUUCUCUCCAUGAGCUUCAAGAGGUAGUCACCUGAAAUGUUUUUCACUUCACAGGUGUCAUAGUUUUGAUGCCUUCAGUGACAAUGGAGAAUGUAAAUAGUCAUGAAAAUAAAGAAAACGCAUUGAAAUGAGAAGGUGUGUCCAAACCUUUGGCCUGUACUAUAUAUAUAUAUAUAUAUAUAUACAAGUUAGGUCAGGAAUAAACACAGGGGCUGUAUCAUCCCGACAAGCCUGUUUCGCAGGUUUCCCUACUCGUCAGUGGAUUUUAAGGCUUGUAGGGAUGCGAAACAGGCUUGUAGGGAUGAUACAACCUCUGUGUUUUUUCCUGACCUAACGUAUAUUUUGCUCUACCCCGGUAUUGAGCACUGUAUAACGGAUAAACCACAAAAACCUUGACCAUAUAUAUAUAUAUAUAUAUAUAUGUGUGUGUGUAUGUGUGUGAAAAUCACAAGACUACUUCAUCUCUACAGAACUGUUUCAUGAGGGGUUUCCUUAAUCGUAAGAAGAUUUUAUUCGAAGC